CACUUCAAAAUCUUUUAUUCUUUAGAUAAGUUUUCUUAAAAAAUACUAAGAACAUCAAAACAUGGUAGUUUUGUUACAGCCAGUCACAUUUAAUAGCGACGUCUAUGUUAACCCAAAAUGCAAACCAAGUCCGGUCCCAGUCCCGGUUAUAGACUUAACCGACGCAGAUGCCAAAACCCAAAUCGUGAAGGCUUGCGAGGAGUUGGGGUUCUUCAAAGUGGUCAACCACGGAGUACGACCCGAUCUUUUAACCCAGUUGGAGGAAGAGGCCAACAAGUUCUUUGCUAUGCCUCAGUAUCUCAAAGAAAAAGCGGGUCCACCCGACCCGUUUGGAUACGGUAGUAAACGGAUCGGACCCAGUGGUGACAUGGGCUGGUUAGAGUAUAUUCUCCUCAAUGCUAAUCAUCAUCUCUCGUCUACCAAAACCACUGCCGUUUUCCAGCAAACCCAUGCAACUUUCAGAGAGGCGGUGGAAGAGUACAUGGAUGAGAUGAAGCGAAUGGCUUGCAAUGUUCUGGAGAUGGUAGAAGAAGAGCUAAGUAUAGAGCCAAAGGAGAAGCUGAGCAAACUGGUGAAGGUGGAAGAGAGUGAUUCUUGUCUGAGGGUGAACCAUUACCCGGAGAAGGAAGAGACUCCGGCCAAGGAAGAGAUUGGGUUCGGUGAGCACACGGAUCCACAGUUAAUAUCGGUGCUCAGAUCAAACGACACUGAAGGUUUACAGAUUUGUUUGAAAGAUGGGAGUUGGGUCGCUGUUCCACCUGAUCACUCCUCUUUCUUCAUUAUUGUUGGAGAUACUCUUCAGGUGAUGACUAACGGAAGAUUCAAGAGUGUAAAACACAGAGUGCUGACGAAUACAAAGAGAUCAAGAUUAUCGAUGAUCUACUUCGCAGGUCCUCCGUUAACUGAGAAGAUUGCACCAAUGUCAUGCCUUGUCCUAAAGCAAGAGGAUCGGCUUUAUAAGGAGCUCACUUGGUCCCAAUACAAGUCACAUUGUUACAAAAGUAAGCUUGGUGAUUAUAGGCUUGGUGUCUUUGAGGAACAACUUCCAUUUUAUAUGUCCAAUGUUUGAGUUAUUUUUGUGUAAAUUUUAGUUUUACUUUAUUAUAGCUAAAUAAUAUCUUACAGUUUAUAUGUGUAAACAAGAGAAGCAAAACAAUAAAAUAAAUGAGAUUUUCUGAUUAUUCUAUUUUUUUUUGUAUUUAGUCAUUAUCUCUUUCUAAUUUUGGUUCAUUUAUAAGAUAAUAAACAGUGAGUGUUCUUUUUUUUUGGGGAAAAAACAGUGAGUGUUCAUCUCUAACUUUUCUUGUAUAGUUUCAUAUAAACAUUCACUGAAAAGAGUGAUGAUUGUUUUUCUUAUAUAACAUGAAAAUUCUGUUUUCUUACCGGAUAAACCUAUCUUAAAGGGUUUCUUUGUUUCUUCUAUUGAGGCCCAUCUACAUAACAUAAGCCUAAGUAGACAUCAUUUUGCGGGUCAAAAAGCAUUUAAUCUGGGCUUCAAAUCCUAAAUCUGAAAGCAAAGUCCAUUAUCGAAGCCGAACACUUCUGUUGUUAUUAUCUGGAUUUUAUUACUACUACCAAGCACGUCCUAAUAAGUGUGCCCUACGUCGGUCAGAUUCAUGUUUUAUUUUUUUUAAAGGACAACUUAUAUUUUGUGUGGGUGUUAAAAAACCACAGUGAAAAAAAAAGAAAAGAAUCUCUAAUAAUUUGGCAAAAUUAAUUAUUUAUUUAUUUCAUAAAUAAUAAUUACAGAUUUAUAUAUGUUGAAUAUAAUAUAAUUUAAGUAGUGUCCAACUGUGAAUCACGUGCUUGCUUGUUUGGUGAUGUAAUGGGUUUCUUCAACUCUCCACAUCGAUCGGACAAGAACAUAGAGAGAGAGAGAGAGAUAUUUGCUUCUUGUCCUCUCUUCUCUUCUCUCUUUUAGUUUCUUCUUCUCCUCCUGAGCCUUUGAGAUCCAUCAACGAUGGCGACCGAUGAGCCUUCUCUCACUCGCUGGAGCUUCCUGGUAAGCCCCGACGACUCUCUCUCUCUCACCUUAACUCGCAUUCCUUACUUUUAGGACAAGGACUUAAAUAGUUGUAGUAAAUCGAAGUCAAACUCUUCAAUGUCGCUUUAGACUUUUAAACAAAAACUGUUUUUUUUUUUUUUGAAAUCACCGGAGAAACCGAGGAAAUUUUUAAAAUUUAGAUGAAAUCUAGUUGGAGUAGUGAGUGAACAAGGAUCCCGUUUCGAUUUCUCUACUACAGUCAAAGGCGUGAGCUUUGAGGAUUAAUCGAUUUUUUUCAA